AUGGCGGAGCGGGCUGUACAGCCAGAGGAUGAGGAUGACGGCCAAGAAGAGACUGUUCCUCUGCAGGAUGAAAGAGAGACAUUUCUCCAGGCUGAAAGAGUCUCCUUUGGGGCUGCAGAGCCAUCCAUGGGUUCUGCAGAAGACAAAUCUCCUGAGGCCUUCCCAGAUGAUGUCCAGGCUGAUAUCUGUCCUGAGCCCGAUGAAACAGAGGAGCCCGUGCCAGGCAGAGGCCCUGUCCACGUGUGGUCGGCCCUCACACAGGCGUCAGCCUUGUCGGUGCAGAAUUUCCUUCCCUUUGGGUUUUGGAGUGCAGGUGACACCAUAGAACCCAUUUCUCUGUAUUCAGAGGCUGCCUUUGAGGAAUUCAAUCAGUAUGUUAGGGAGCAUGGUAGCCAACGGUUGCAACAGGAACAGCAACAGCCACAGCAUGGAGCUGGGGAAACUGAAAUGAGUGGAAGAAGAGAGGAAACAGCAGAAGCAGCACAGCUGAUCGUCUUGGAUCCAGAACAUCCUCUGAUGAGAAGAUUUCAGGCUGCCCUGAAGAAUUACCUUACCAAGCAGAUGGAAAAAGUGAAUCUGGAUCUUCAGGAGCUGAGGACGGCCACAAAGAAAGGCAAAGUACAGAGAGAAGAGCUUGGGGUGGUUCUUUAUGGAGUGCAACAGCAACUGGCCCAGCUGCAGAUGGAGCUGGAGAAGAGCCGUGAGCGCCAUGCUCAGACAGCCGCCGCGCGCCAGCAGCUCGAGGAGGAGGUGCAGGGUCUCAGGCUUGCUCACAACAAAGCCCGUCAGAACACGGAUGAUGAACGCAAGUCAGUUUCUGCAAUGCAGACCCAGGUGGAAAACCUGGCGAUGCGUCUCUUCCACAUGCAGAAUAUGGAUGAGGAUAUGCGCCAUAAUAUUCUACUGAUGAAACAGUCAACAAAGAAGGCUGAAGCAGAGAAGCUCCAGGCUGAGGUGGAAAAGAAAAAACAGGACCUCCUAGUGGAGCGACUAACCAGAAAAGCCUAUGAGCUGCAGGAACAGGUAGCUCUGUUCGAAGCUCAGAUUGUGGCCCAAGCAGAGGACACAAAAACAACUCGACAAGCAGUAAGUGAGGCUAAUACGGAGGUACAGGCUAUCAACAUGGAGAAGAAGCGGUUGAUAAACCACUGGAAUACUAGUUUGGCUGGAAUGAAGCAAAGAGAUGAAGCCUAUACUGCCAUGCAGGAGUUGCUGAGCAAGUACAGGCAUGAGCUCAAGUCCCUCGAAAUAGAUAUCCAUGGCUGCAGAAAGUCGAUCAGGAAGGAAGAGGAGAAGAAUGAGAUGCUUGUCACCAUCCUGAGCCGUUCUCAGAAUGAUGCCAAUAUGACGAAGAAAAUGAUUGCCCAGUGCCUUGCACGGCAGGAGGCCUUGAAGGUUGAGUCUGACACCUACUCCCGCAUUCUCCACGAGACAGAGCAGGCCCUCAGCAGAGCACACAUGGAUCAAGCUGCCCGUGUGAAUGAGCUGCUGUCCAUCAGUAAGGAUAUAGAGAAAGGAACUGAUACCAAAGAGCAAAUAGAGAAUGAGAUCAUGGCAAAGCUGCAGGAUCAGAUGAGGUCCAGCAAAGCAGCAAAGUACUUUGCCCAGCUGGCUGAAACACUUCGCAAGAGAAAAAUGGAUCUGGAGCUGCAUUUCUCCAAAGUAGAGAAUGAUACAGCCCAGAUAAUUCUGAAUGCAACUAAUACUAACUGCCAGCUGACAGCUCUCCAAAAAACACUUUCUGAGCUGGACAAGGAAAUUAAAAAUAUCCACGACCUGAUCAGCCGUAGUGAAAGCGAGAUCGCAAAGCGCAGUCUCCUGAUUGAGAACAAGCAAGGGGUCAUCAACCUGAACAACAAGAGGUUGGACAUGAUUCUUUCCCAGCUUGGGGGGCAAGAGUUGGGACCACUGGAAAUUGAGAUAAAUGGACUGACCAAGCAGAUAGAAGAAUGUAAUUCUGAGGUGCUGACACUACAGAAGUACUGGCUUAAGCUGCAGAAUGAGCUGGUCAGAUUAACCCACGGCCGGGAGGAACAGCUAACCUCCUUGGAUUUGUUGAGGAAGCAGAUCACAGUCAUGCAGCAAAAGAAAGUGCGCACUGAAAAUGAAAAAAAAAAGCAGGAAACAAAAGAACAGAAAGACAUUGAACGUCACAUGAGGAACAUGUCAAAUGAUUUGAUAAAGUUAAAUAUGUUGAUCAACAAGAACAGCAACAGCUUUGAGGAGUUGCACUAUGGCAACAUUAUCACAGAGAAUGAGUUUGUGCGGUCUCUCAAGGCAGCAGAGAAAGAAUCAAUUGAGAUGCAGGAGAAACACAGUCAAUUGACUGAGGAGAAGGAAAGACUCCUAAACAGCUUGGUGGAAGCAGAGCAUCAAAUCAUGUUGUGGGAGAAAAAGAUCCAGCUGGCCAAAGAGAUGCGGUCAGCAGUGGAUUCCGAGACAGGACAAGGCGAAAUCCGAGCCAUGAGAACAGAGAUUCAUAGGAUGCAGGUCCGUUAUGGCCAGCUGAUGAAGCAGCAGGAGAAAAUGAUUCGUGAUAUGGAGGCAUCUGUCUCUCGUAGAGAGACUAUAGCAAUUCGUGGAGAAGGUCAAAACAAAAUGGAUAAGAAGCACAUCACCAAGAGCGACUUCCACCGCAAGAAACAGGAGCUGCAGAAGAAGAUCAGUGAAACACAGAAGAAUGCUCAAGACUGCCAUAAAACAGUUCUGGAGCUGGAGAGCACCCAAGUGUCCCUUAAUGCCACCUGCAUGAAAAAGCAGCAGGAAGUUUGCACACUGCAGGCCGAGUCUGAUAGCCUUGAUUUAGACAUAGAGUGUCUUCAGGAGAGGAAACGAUGGAAUCUUUUGGAAAUUGUGGCUUAUCAAACACGCCAGAAGCACCUGCAGGCCGUAAAGGAAGGGAAAUACACGCCCCUGUGCCGCACUGAGGAGGCCUGGAGAAACGAGCAGCAGAAGUUGCAGGACCGGCUUGUUGCCAUUAACGUCAUCGUCCAGCAGAUCCAGAAAGAGCAUCCUGAGCACCAAAGGACUCUGCAGUGGCUCAGGCAGUGCUUGGAGUCCAGGCUGGGGUCACAGGAAGCCUAG